UGCACUUCUUGAACCAUCAGUAGAUACGUGUGCAUGUACUCGAUAUUAUCGACGAAAUUAAGAAUUGAAAAGAAAAGCUAUAAAUAUAGUGGAUAAAAACUGCUCCAUAUCUACGUCAAUGUUUCGUCGAGCGGGUUUUGAACAUUUAAACGGGUAGACGUUCAGGCGUGAUGCAUACCGAAUACAAAAAGCACACGAGGGAUUAUAUUGACAUGAAUAGGUUGGGAGUGUGAACUAGGAACACAUCGUCAUACCAAACAGGAACAUGAUACAUCGAUUUCCCGUGCAUCUCCUGUUCGUGUGGAUGUGUUUUACUAUUGUGUUAUCAAAUAAUACCCAAGAAGUACAAGAUACCAUCACCAAUAAUCCCGAGGAGGAUGAAACACAACCCAACAAAGUUUCAAGUGUGAAUAAUGGAGGACAGCAAGUCAGCGUGGAUCACAUUAACAAAGUGUUACAGACGCUAGGUGAGAGCUUGCUAGGACAGAGCUUUGGAUUGGACUGUAUAGAUCAAUACAUUCAAGGGUAUCAUGAUGUUUUCAAUGGCGAUUGUCAUGUCGAAAUGGUAGAGGCCUUGAACAACACUGUCCAGAAAUUGUGUAAGAAAUGUACUGUUUCCUGGGAAAUGUAUACCACAGCCUCAGCUUUAAUCUGUUUAAGUACAAAUGGACUGAAAGAAAUUUGUCAUGAAAGUUAUUUUGGUGUCAGCUGUGUUGCUCCAAUUCGUGUCAUUCUGAAUUGCUCUGAUGAACACACUCCAAUCUUUAUUCGUCCUACCCCCCUUUGUUCAGAUGAAGAUUCAAUUGCUGGAAUAGUCAUAGGAUCAAUCAUCGGCGGUGUCGUAAUUGGAUUUAUCCUUCCUCCUGUCAUUUGUCUAUAUAUCUAUUUGCGGAAAGAAAAAUGCAUCCUAUGUUAUUUUAAGUUCUGUUGCAUGAAACCUGAAAAUGGUUCUUAUCAAGUCCGUUUAAGUGAAAUUGGUAAUGAGGCAGCCCCACAAUCUGAUGACAACGAACCUGAUAAAUAUACAACAAUUCAAGACGCACAACAAAUGCGACCAACCGAAAAUGUAUAUAGAGAUACUAUACACGACACAGUCCUCGAACCACAUAAAACACCCCAGACGGGUGAAAGUAUUUCAAAUGGACAUAUCCCAAACAUCGACAGUGAUGCUCCUUAUAGUGAUGGAGCUUUCCAAACCAGCAGUGAACAUAAUGACGAAUACAGGGACCCUUGUUCAGUGGAAAGAAAUGUAAGAAGAUUCAGUGACGAUUAUACUAUGCCGAAUCAAUUUCAACGUGCCGCAUCCAUCACUAGCAAAGAAAUCACAGACGACAAUCCGUCUUACGUGACAGUUAUUGGUGAAGUGGACUACACAAAUUUCGAAGUGUUUCACAAGUGCUCAUCUUGCAACAAAAAGAGUUUAUUUAAAAUCAAAAAGAUCGAAAAAGAAACUGAAGAGGUGCAACAGACUAGUGAGGAGAUAAUCGAGGAUGAUACAGAAUCUUCUCCAAACAGUGUCUAUUUUAUGUCGGAACAAUCGCAAGAUCCAGACAUUCAUCAGUACAAAACUAUGAAUGAUGAAACAGUUUCAGAACUGUAAUAGUCAAGUACUAGUGGUCAAGUACUAGUAGUCAAGUACUAGUAGUUAAAUACUAGUAGUCAAGUGUUAGUAUAAAUUCAUUUCAGGAAUAUAUUUGGAAUUUAUUGCUUGGUAAAGUGAUUCUAUCUACCUAUGUCUCACAGAACAAUACCGGAAGGGUUUCCAUUACAUCUGUAAAACGAUCAUCAGUGGAUAAUCUUAUUCAAUCUCAAACGCAGCCGUUCAAUCAGUUCAAUGUGGUGGAAUUAUUUAUGUAACUUCUUUGUUUCUGUGAAAUGCAAUUUAUGUAAAUAUCAGCGAACGUAUGGAAACCAAGCAUAUCCCAUCGUCCUAGUAAAAGAAUUAUUAUAUUCCCUAAUGAUAUCAAAGGUAUAAUGUAUUGAAACAUUUUUGGAUCAAUAUGCAUCUAUAUCGAAUAUUUCGAUUGUUUACUUUUAAACGUGUCUUGUUAGAAUUAUGCAGUUGGACGAAUCUCCUUAUUUCUAUCGAAUCAUUCUCAUGGUACGCCUAGAAUUAUAUGAAGGAUCAUUGCUAAUACUGGUUGUUUAUUUCUAAAACUAAAAUGAACGGUCACAUUACAUAUCACCAUGCUUAAAAAAUCAAUAUUUUGACUGGAUGAAAGAGAAGCAUGUCAAUCAUAAUUGCACAAUGACACGAUAACCACUUUACAGAAUGUGACACAUAUCUGUAGGAGACAUCAGGGUUGGCUUUUUUCUACAAAAGAAGCGACUGUCAGUUUUACUACUUUGUUAUUAUAUAAUCAUGUAGAUAAGAAUUAAUUUACCAAUAAAAUUGUGUCACGUUCACAAGUUUAAAAAGCUUUUCCAAACAGGAAGUUACACAUUUAAGACACGGCAGGAAAUUUUUACUACCCCUGUUAUUUGUAUUUAUUUUGUUAUGCCAUUAUUAGUUAUCUUUACCUUUUCAUCUACAUAUUAAACCCAUUUAAGAAUUUAAA